AUGAAAUCCUACAUCAAGGGCAAAGGUUGGAAAUUCCCAGUUGGUUACUCUUCUAACGAUGACGAAGACAUUAGAGUGGCCAUUGCAGACUAUUUCUCUUGUGGUGAGCUUGAAGAAAGAGCCGACUUUUUUGGUAUCAACAUGUACGAGUGGUGUGGUGAUGCAAAUUUCCAAUCUUCUGGAUACAAGGACAGAACUGAGGAAUACAAGAACUUGACUAUUCCCGUCUUUUUCUCCGAAUAUGGCUGUAACGCCGAAAGACCAAGAAAGUUCACUGAAAUCGGUACAAUCUACAGUGAUGAGAUGACUGACGUUUGGUCGGGUGGUAUUGUCUACAUGUAUUUCGAAGAAGCCAACAAGUAUGGUCUUGUGUCUGCCUCAGGCGACUCUGUUAGCACCUUGGAGGAUUUCAGCUACUACUCUAAGGAAAUGAACAGCAUCAGCCCCUCUCUUGCCAAGACUGCUGAUGUCGGUUCUUCCUCGACAGUCACCCUUUCUUGUCCCGCCUCUGCUUCUACAUGGAAAGCUUCCCCAAGCUUGCCUCCUAAGCCAGACCAGGACGUGUGUGACUGUGUCUCUAGCUCUUUGCAAUGUGUUCUUUCUGACAAAGUGGACGAAGAUGACUACGGUGAUUUCUUCGGUACUCUUUGUGGUUUGGUGAAUUGUUCGGCAGUAUCUGCAGAUGGUGACAAGGGUAAAUACGGUGCUGUCUCUUUCUGUUCCAGCAAGGACAAAUUGUCUUACCUUCUUAACAUGUACUAUGAAGACCAAGACCAGCACUCUUCUGCUUGUGACUUCAGUGGUUCUGCCUCUCUUAGAAGCACCAGCCUGCUUCCAAAGUCCUGUUCUGCAAUGGUCUCAUCUGUGUCGGCUGGUGCGGUUGUGACUGGUUCAUCUGAUUCUUCUAGCGGCUCUAGUUCCGGCUCUAGUUCCGAAUCAGGUUCUGGCUCCUCCAACUCCGACUCCCAGUCUAGUUCUUCUUCAUCAUCCUCGUCUUCCAAGAAGAGCAGUGGAUAUGUUGCUGCUCGUCCAGCAAGUAAAGGUGAAUUGGCCGCCAUUGUUGCAAUGGCCUUGUGCUUUGUUGGUGGUUUCAGUUCAUUCCUCUUUUAA